ACCUUUUUUUGACUUCCGCAGCCCAGUUUCAAACUCGGAAAUUGCGCAUUAAAAAGAAAUUCUGCCAGUGCGCAGUAAACACUCGCCCAAAAAACAACUGCUGAAUGGAAUUUACCAACACACAAGCGUAGGGCAUGUCAAUUAUUUACGGAAAUAUUUGAUUAAAAAAGACGUUUUUGUAUCGUUUUGGCUUGGGAGACCCUCAACCCAGCAAUGUGGGCACAGUCGUGCGAAACGUGUGGUGGCCCUUGAUGAGUUGGGAUGAUGACUUUCUAGUUUUUGUUUUGCGAUAAAACCUCCGAUCACGCCGAGAUUCGUGAAAGCGAUUUUACGGUUUGAAGAGUAUAGCGGUUCAGGAGCUCCUGAACAUUUUAAAGGAAUUCCCUGUUGUCGUCGUUUAAGCGUCGCUACGGGAAGCAGACUCAGACAGACUCUCGAGGGCCCAGCCUUUUACGGCUCAAGGUUGACGAGGGAAAAUCAUGUCACAAAAGCCCUCUGCUGUCCAUCAACCUCGUCUCAUCGUCGCCAAUCUUUUACGGGCAUUGGGGUUUCCCGUCCCAUCUGCUGCACCACCACAACCGCCACCACCGAAACCAAAGCGACGAAUAUAUGUCAACAUACCUCUUCCUCCCGUCGAGUGCGACCACCUUGGCCGUCCGCACCAACAUUGGACAGGCAACAAGGUUCGCACCUCAAAGUAUACGCCCUUGACAUUUGUCCCAAAGAAUUUGGCAGAGCAAUUUAGACGUCUGGCGAAUGUCUAUUUCCUUAUGACCGUGAUUCUUCAAAUAUUCCCCAUGUUCGGCGUUGCUUCUCCAAUACUUGCCGCGAUGCCCCUGAUCGUCAUCCUGACAGUGACUGGGAUUAAGGAUGGGUUCGAAGACUGGAAACGACACAAGACUGACAAUAUGGUCAACAAUUCAAUGACAUGGACAUUGAAAGGAAAUUGGAAGAAUGUAAACAGACCUCAAGCAAAGAAAUCAUGGUUGAACUUUGGGCGAAGGGUGGCGCCAUGUGAAUGCGGGCCCGGGACGGAGGACCCGCUAUGUGCAAAUUGUGCAAAGAAAGCAAAACCGAAAAUCAUACCGACUUUCGACUUCCAACCUUCAAACGGACGUGCCUCUUUGACGACCAUUGAGCCCCCGGAAGAAAUGACACAAGGAUGGGCUCGAACACCUUGGAAGGACCUUCAUGUCGGCGAUUUUGUCCUUUUAACAAGCGACAACCGCAUUCCGGCCGACAUUCUGAUCCUGUCCACAUCCGACUCACACGGGGUGUGUUUUGUGGAGACAAAGGGUCUCGAUGGGGAAACGAAUCUCAAAUCCCGCGAGGCCUUGAAGGAAACUCUUUUCAUCAAAACGGCGGCUGACUGUCAUACUGGGCAGUUUAUCAUUGAAUCUGAGGCACCCAACAUGAAUUUGUACAGCUACAGCGGGGCGCUUGUCAUCCCGCCUCCUUGCGCAACUCUCAAACCAGUUCACGCCCAGCGGCGGUUAUCCCAUAAACCGAGUAUGAUCAACGCGCUGGAUCUCUUUGACGGCAGCCGCUCCGUUCCCAUCAACAUUCAAAACAUUCUCCUCCGUGGUUCAAUCCUCCGGAACAGUGCAUGGGUGAUUGGCGUAGUACUCUCAACCGGCAUAGACACGAAGGUGCUCUUAAACGCUGGCUACACACCAUCAAAGCGAAGUAGAAUCGAACGGCUCAUGAAUCCCCAGGUUGCAAUGAAUUUUGCAAUUUUGCUUGUGAUGUGUGUGAUUUGUGCCGGGAUGGUCACCGCAAUCAUGAAUGGGUGGCUGAAGGAUAAGCCUCCAUGGGUUACAGCAGGACACGAUAACGCUAGAGUAUCCGGGUUCUUUACCUUUUGGGCGAGUAUGAUUAUGCUGCAAAAUGUAGUGCCCAUUUCUUUGUAUAUCACCAUUGAAGGCGUGAAGACCAUCCAGGCAUAUUUCAUCUACAGCGAUAUUGACAUUUACCAUGAAGAAACGGACGACCCGUGUGUCCCUAAAUCCUGGAAUAUUGCAGAUGACCUCGGACAGAUCGAAUACCUGUUCUCUGACAAGACGGGUACCUUGACCCAGAACAAGAUGGAAUUUAUGCGAUGCAGUAUCGCGGGUGUUCCAUACGGGCAAGGUUAUACGGAUGUAACAGCAGAUCGCGAAGGGCUGGAUCCUUCAAGUCGAGCUCAAAAAAUGUCUGAGAUGUCUCUCGAGAUGCGCAAGACCACGAGCGCCAUUUACAAGAACCCUCACGUGGAACCCGACACCCCGCUUAGCUUUGUGGACCCUAACAUUUGGAGCGAUUAUAACACUGUGGAUGGCCGAUCGGUUAUUCGAAACUUUUUUACGCUGCUCGCCCUGUGUCAUACUGUCCUGCCACCAAAGCGCACAAACAACAGCGUGAUAGAAUAUGCGGCCCAAUCUCCCGACGAGCAAGCAUUAGUCACAGGGGCCAAAAACUGCGGCUUCACUUUUUUGGACCGAAAAUUGGACGAAGUAACCAUUGACGUCCUCGGAGAGAUCAGAAAGUACAGGGUGUUGAAUAUCCUGGAAUUUACCAGCUCAAGGAAAAGAAUGUCGGUCAUAGUGAAGGAUGAGCGUGAUGGAAAGAUUUGGCUGCUCUGUAAAGGGGCGGACAGUGUAAUAUACGAGCGCCUCGCACCAGGCCAGAGCAUAAUGUGCGAACAAACGUUGGUGCACCUCGAACUCUUUGCCAAUGAAGGGCUCCGUACCCUGUGUCUGGCGCAGCGCGUGAUCCCGGAAUCUGAAUACAUUUCUUGGGCUGAGCGGUACCAUAAGGCUGCUUGCACGCUGGUGGAUAGGGAAAGGGAGAUGGAGAUGGUUGGAGAAGAAAUCGAAAAGGAAUUGGAAUUGUUGGGUGCGACUGCAAUUGAAGAUAAAUUGCAGGAGCAAGUUCCUGAAUGCAUUGCCUUGUUGCGACAAGCCGGGAUUAAAGUUUGGGUCCUAACCGGGGAUAAGCUCGAAACAGCCAUCAACAUCUCAUUGGCUUCCAAUCUCCUUACUUCAAACCAAACGCUCAUUGUACUGAAAGCUCAUACGCCGCAAACCAUCUUCUCCCAGCUCCGGGAAACUCUUGCCGAACAUUCGGCAAACACAAAUGUGGCACUCAUUAUUGAUGGUGAUUCCCUUCGGCAUGCACUGUCUAAACCGGAAGGACAAGAUCUACUUCUUCGGUUGUGCAUGAUAUGCCAAAGCGUUGUCUGCUGUCGAGUGAGUCCAAAGCAAAAGGCACAGGUUGUUAGGUUGGUUAAACGGGGUGUUGGAGCCAUGUGCGCUAGUAUUGGAGACGGCGCGAACGACGUUAGCAUGAUUCAAGAAGCGCACGUCGGCAUUGGCAUUUCGGGACAGGAAGGCCUUCAAGCAGCCAUGGCUGCAGACUAUGUCAUUGCACAGUUCAAAUUUUUGUCAAAGCUGUUACUUGUGCACGGUCAUUGGAGUUAUUAUCGAGUUGCGGAAACUGUAAUGAAUUUCUUUUACAAGAACUUGGUAUGGGUCUUUUCAUUGUUCUGGUAUCAAUUCUUUAGCGGGUUCAGCGCGGAAAUCCUGUUUGACUACACCUACCUGAUGUUCUUCAACCUCCUUUUCACUUCACUCCCUACUCUCAUUCUGGGUGUAUUUGACCAGGAUAUCUCUGCACCCUACGCACUGUCCAUUCCCCAGCUUUACGAACGAGGCAUUCGACAAGAAUUGUUUACCACAAGACGUUUCUUGUUGACGGUCUUCGAUGCACUUUACCAAUCGAGCGUCUGCUUCUUUUUUGCCUAUGCCCUAACGGUAGAAUCAACUUGGGACUCAUCCGGAUACGGUGUCGAUAAACGAGCUAUGGGCACAAUGGUUGCCAUGUCUGCGAUUAUUACGGUCAACCUGGGCGUAGGAAUGAACAUUCGAAAUUGGACAUGGCUUGUUUUUGUGGUCAUAUUCGGAAGCACCGCAUUGUUUGUUGUUUAUGUUCCUAUCUGGAGUGUACUUCCUUCCAGUACGCUCAAAGGAGUAGUGACACAUGCCUAUGGAAAUGCUUCAUUUUGGCUGGGCGUCAUUCUUUCCGUAGUGGUGUGCCUGUUACCGAGGAUUGUCUGGCGAUUGGGAAAAAGUAUGAUCGAUCCACCUGAUUUGGAUCUGAUACGCGAAAGGCAAAAGUAUCGGCUAGGAACACCUCCGAGACUUGUCAGAGUGCACGAACACGCGGAAAAGGAGGAAAGUGUCCAAAAUGGUACAGCCAAAAUCGAUUUGGAAAUGACUGAAGUUCGAAGACGAGUUUCGAGUGUGCGCCAUAGGCCUAGCAAGGUUCUUACAAAUGCAAUUCCAGAAGAACCAGAACCAGGAGAAAAGGAAGAACACCCGCACGGGGACGAAGACGAAGCAGAACUCGUCAGUCCCUACCCCCUAUCACCCAUAUACCCGACAGUCCCACCAACGUCUCCUACGCAGGCAGAGGCACCGGCUACACCGUCCCCCGUUCGUAGCCGCCGGCCCAUCUCCGCGCCAAUACCACGUAUUACCACCAGCGGUCUUCCCCGAGCAAACCACGCAGACCGCUCCUUGUCAGCCUUUAUCACACCGGAACCACAUCAUACUUCCCUCAUCUUCAUGGACUCGCGUACUACAUCCCGAAACACUGGAUACGCAUUCUCGUUUGACGAAGGAGUUGUUUCACGGGAUGUGGUUGGGGCGUUUUCAACAAGUGGUCUGUGUGAAAUGCGGGACAAGGACGAAGAAGAUGACACGGAGGAUGAGGAGAUACCCAAGAUUUUGUCUGGCCGCAAGGCAUGUGCCUCGGACGGAGAGUUAUGGAAGGAAACUCGACGCUAAGAUGUAUCACAAGAACAGUCUAUAGUAGCUAUCAUAUGAAAUUUUGUUUGGAACUAUGACACUUGUACAGUCAAUUGAUGAUUAUCUUACAAUGUAGUAACAUGUCUUUUGUUUACAGCCGUGCUAUGCUGCUUCGUAUAUUCUUUGUUCUACGCUCAGAAAUUAUUUAAAGAUAAUAUUAUACAAUUAUAAAAGAUGGAAAUAGGACUGGUAUAAUCAAGACAUAA